CAGGCCGCCUCGGGCUCGCGAGCGCUCGCUCCUUCCUUCCUCCGCCCUUCCCUGACGGCGUUCACCUGUCUGGGCCGGGGGCCCGGCUGGGGGGUUGGCCGGCGGGAGCCAAGCCGAGGAAGAGGGCGGAGCGGCUCUCCCGGAGCGUCAUCGGAGCACCAUGGCGGACCUGAGAGCUGGUGGCGACGGCCACACGGGCGGCGAUGGCGCUGCGCAGAGCGAAACAGCGCCUGAUGGCAACAAAGUGCAAGAUAAGAAAACCGCGGCCUCCAACCGGCCUGCUUCUGCUAUUUCAGGACAGAAUAGCAACCACACAGGAAAUAAACCAGACCCUCCACCCGUGCUGCGCGUUGAUGACCGGCAGCGGCUGGCGAGGGAGCGGCGUGAGGAGCGGGAGAAGCAGCUAGCUGCAAGAGAAAUAAUCUGGUUAGAGAGAGAAGAGCGAGCCAGGCAGCACUACGAAAAGCACCUGGAGGAGCGGAAGAAGAAGUUAGAAGAGCAGAGGCUGAAAGAGGAACGUAGGAGGGCUGCUGUGGAGGAGAAGCGAAGGCAGAGGCUCGAGGAGGACAAGGAACGCCAUGAAGCCGUUGUACGACGUACGAUGGAGAGGAGCCAGAAGCCAAAACAGAAACAUAACCGGUGGUCAUGGGGAGGUGCUCUCCACGGGAGCCCCAGUACCCACAGCGCAGAUCCAGACAGGAGGUCAGUUUCCACCAUGAAUCUUUCGAAACAUGUUGAUCCCGUCAUUAGCAAGCGGCUCUCCUCUUCAUCUGCAACUUUACUAAAUUCUCCAGAUAGAGCUCGCCGCCUGCAGCUCAGCCCAUGGGAGAGCAGCGUGGUUAACAGAUUGCUGACGCCCACACAUUCGUUCCUGGCCAGAAGUAAAAGCACAGCUGCCUUGUCUGGAGAUACAGCAUCUUGCAGCCCCAUCAACAUCAUGCCCUACAAAGCCGCACACUCUAGAAAUCCGAUGGAGCGACCAAAAUUCUUUGUAACGCCACCGGAGGGCUCCGCGCGAAGGAGGACUGUUCACGGCGCAGCGGGCUAUAAAAGAGAAAGGGAGAGAGAAAACUUACCCUUCCACCUCACACCCGGCAUCCGAAGGGCACUAUCUCCAUCUCAUCCCAAAGCCAGAUCACCAGCUUCCUCCCGACUUUGGCUCCCAUCCAAGUCCUUUCCCCACUUGCCUGGCACCCCCAGACCAGCAUCCUCCAUGCCUCCUGGACCAGUCAAACCUGCCCCUGCUCAGGUCCGGCCCCCCUCGCCCGGCAACAUCCGCCCCAUCAAGAGAGAAGUCAGAGUGGAACCUGAGAGAAAAGACCCUGAGAUGGAACCUCAGAAAGUUGCCAAUGAGCCCUCACUAAAGGGCAGGGCACUUUUGGUGAAGGUAGAAGAAGCCACAGUCGAAGAGGGGACACCUGUCGAACCAGAGGUUGCUCCUGCUGCUCCGGAGGCAGCCUCAGCACCGGCCUCCGCUCCAGCCUCCACUCCGGCCCCUUCAUCCACUGUGACUGCCAUCGCUUCUCUGAAGACCUCUGCGGGCACCACUGACCCGGAAGAGGCCACGAGGCUGCUAGCUGAGAAGAGGCGGCUGGCCCGAGAGCAGAGAGAGAAGGAGGAAAGGGAGAAGAGGGAGACGAAAGAGCUCGAAAGACAAAAGCGAGAAGAAUUGGCCCAAAGGGUGGCUGAAGAGAGAACCCGCCGAGAGGAGGAAGCCCGCCAGCUGGAAGCUCGGCAAGCCAGGGAGAGGGAAGAGCAGCUGCGGCGGCAGGAGGAGGAGCGGGCCCGGCGCGAGCGGGAGGAGAUGGAGCGCAUCCAGAAACAGAAAGAAGAAGAAGCUCGUGUUCGGGAAGAAGCAGAGAGGGUCCGGCAGGAACGGGAGAAGCAUUUCCAGAGAGAAGAGCAGGAGCGCCUGGAGAGGAAGAAGCGGCUUGAGGAGAUAAUGAAAAGAACCAGAAGAACAGAAGCUUCAGAUAAGAAAACCGUUGAUCAGAGAAAUGGAGAUAUAACCAAGGGAGCGCUCAUUAGAGAAACAGUGGUAUCUGCACUUCCAAAUAUGACAAACUCUCCAGGACAAGGAGAACCAGCAGCCAGCCCCCAUGUGGUUGCCUCACACCAGUCAGAAGUGACUGUGGAGAGUACUCCCAAUUUGGAAAAACAACCAAAUGAAAAUGGAAUAUCAGUUCAGAAUGAAGAUUUUGAAGAAAUUAUAAAUUUACCCAUUGGAUCUAAACCAUCCAGAUUAGAGGUCACCAACAGCGAGAGUCCAGACAUUCCUUUGAAUCCUAUUUUGGCCUUUGGUGAUGAAGGGACACUUGGGACCCUGCCUCAGGUAGAUGGUGUUCAAACACAGCAAACAGCAGAAGUUAUAUGAGCAUUUCUUCUAAAGAACCAAAGCAGAAAUUUAAUAAGAAUUUCUACAAUUAAUGGAAUUCCUUCCAUGCUACAAAGGAGCAUCUCCCCUUCCCCCGUUUUCUAAAGGUUUCUUGACCAUCAUUUUGGAAAGACUUUAUUAAAACCAGCUAAAGACAACAGACUGGAUAGCUUUUCUAAUAAUUUUCGCCAAUAGAGAAAAAGAAAUCCUCCCUUGUUCUUCAGUACUUUAAAAUAGCUUUUUCCAGUGUGCUCCUUCUUAGGAAAUCAAUAUUUUUCUGCAUUCUCUAAAAGAUGAGAGCAUUUGGCUGUAAAAGAAAUGGGCCGAGUAGGCAUGAUUUUUCACAUAGAUAUUUUGGACUUUAAAAGCUAACAUGUAAAAUUGGCACAAAAAUUUUUACCUUUUACAGUGUAAUACUUGAAAUAUAAGUACCUCUUGGUUCAACAAGUAGAGUGAAUAGGAGAGGUGUUUAAAUUAAGCCUGUUUGUUUAAAUAUUAUAUUGCAAAGAGCUCUAUUUGUAGAGGCAGAUUACCAGGUUCUUGUAAAUGCAACUUGUACAUGGACAUUCUGCAAACCCCACUGUCCCAUUCUUCUUGCAUCUCCUUUUGCAAAACAUACUCAACAGUUUUAAAAUGUGAAAAAAAAGAACAUUAUUUUUUCAGAGCAAGAAAAUAAUUUACUGUCCUCUUAAAUAAUGUAUUUAUAAAGUUUUUUUCAGAUAAACUAAUCAAAUAAAUUAGAACAAUGUGACAACGUUGCAGAAUUUGAUUUAUGAGAUGCAUUCCUUAUGUUACCAUGAGAGAAUGUUGUUGAUGAUUCAGGGCUAUUUCUGAAGUCUGUUUAUUGCUGCUGUCCCCAGUGAUGGUGGGACUUACCUUUGCCUUACCUGAUCACAAAUUAUUUGGAGGUGGGGGAGAAUAAAGAUUUAAUAUUUCUUUAAAUAAAAAAGAGAAUUUGGUUUUGCUCGUUUAAGAGCAAUGAAAAAAUGAUGGAAUGUGGACUGUGUUUGGCACCCAGGACACGGCAGGAUGAUACCUUCGUGAAGGUCCUUGUUCUGCGUGGCAUCCAUCAGCUUUCACCCUCAUCCUUCUUCACUUUCGCUGCUGAGCUUGGCUGUACAAACUUGCACUUUCAUUUGAUAAUAUAAAUUCAAUUUUAUUUUGCCAUUUGAGAGACUACUAAUAACUAAAUACUGAAGGAGAGAGAACACUGAGGGAACGCAUUUUUUUAUUAUGGAGUGUUUAAAAAAGGUAAACUUCUGCCACUCGAAUGUGUUUUUAUUCAAAGUGGGAUUGAUUCAUCUAGAUUGAAUGUGGGGCUGUUCAUUUAUUGGACCAUUUCCUUAAAAUCCAAGCAUACCGUCUUUAGUAACAGCUGUAAUUUGUUAAAAACAUUAAUUUGGGGUUUUUCCCUGUUCUCAGUUGUCCAUGUACACAUAGUCAUAUUAAAAGAAAAAUCUGUUCA